UGACACUUCAUCAAAUCAAGACCCAGACCACGAUCCUUCCACAGCAAUACUUCGUAAGAAACCUGCACCCAAUAAACUAAUUGUCGACGAUGCAACGAACGAUGACAACUCCGUGAUGUCGCUUUCCACAGCUACCAUGGAAAAGUUACAGCUCUUUCGUGGAGAUACUGUGAUGAUAAAAGGGAAGAAGAGGCGCGAUACUGUACUGAUUGUUUUGGCCGACGAUACGUGUGAAGACACGAAAGUUGCACAAGAUACCGUCAUACAUUGUGAAGGUGAUCCUAUCAAACGAGAAGAUGAAGAAGCAAACUUAAAUGAUGUCGGAUACGAUGAUAUUGGUGGAUGUCGCAAGCAAAUGGCACAAAUUCGCGAACUUGUCGAGCUUCCUCUUCGACAUCCACAACUCUUUAAAUCUAUCGGUAUUAAACCUCCGCGUGGUAUUCUCAUGUAUGGGCCACCGGGUACCGGUAAAACUUUGAUUGCUCGCGCUGUGGCCAAUGAAACUGGUGCAUUCUUUUUUUUAAUCAAUGGUCCUGAAAUCAUGUCUAAAAUGGCCGGCGAAUCGGAAAGUAAUUUAAGAAAGGCAUUUGAGGAAGCAGAAAAAAAUAGUCCUGCUAUUAUUUUUAUUGAUGAAAUUGAUGCUAUUGCGCCAAAGAGGGAAAAGGCAAUGAUGGCUGCGACUAAUCGCCCAAACAGUAUUGAUCCCGCUUUAAGACGUUUUGGUCGAUUUGACCGUGAAAUUGAUAUCGGUAUUCCCGAUCCAACUGGACGGUUAGAAAUUCUUCGUAUUCACACUAAAAAUAUGAAAUUAGAUGAAGACGUCGACUUAGAACAAAUUGCCUCUGAGACUCAUGGCUAUGUCGGUUCAGACAUAGCGUCACUUUGUUCCGAGGCUGCUAUGCAACAAAUUCGUGAGAAAAUGGACUUGAUUGAUCUGGAGGAUGAAACGAUUGAUGCAGAGGUCCUGGAUUCUCUGGCCGUCAGCAUGGAUAAUUUCAGAUACGCUUUGGGCGCAUCCAACCCAUCAGCCCUAAGAGAAACCGUUGUUGAAGUUCCGACAGUCUCAUGGAAUGAUAUUGGCGGGCUUGAAAAAGUUAAACAAGAACUUCAAGAAACUGUACAAUAUCCGGUGGAACACCCAGAUAAAUUCUUGAAAUUUGGCAUGUCUCCCUCAAAAGGUGGUCCUGAACUAUUGACGAUGUGGUUCGGAGAGUCAGAGGCAAAUGUACGUGAUGUUUUUGACAAAGCACGCGCUGCUGCCCCAUGUGUGAUGUUUUUUGAUGAGUUAGAUUCAAUUGCAAAAGCACGAGGUGCAUCACUCGGUGACGGUGGUGGUGCUGGAGACCGUGUGCUUAAUCAAAUUCUCACUGAAAUGGAUGGUAUGAAUGCAAAAAAGAAUGUCUUUGUCAUUGGUGCUACGAAUCGUCCCGAUCAAAUUGAUCCUGCUUUACUUCGUCCUGGCCGUCUUGAUCAGUUAAUCUACAUUCCCCUUCCUGAUGAGCCUUCGAGAUUCUCGAUCUUAAAGGCUACCUUACGAAAAUCGCCCGUCGCGGAUGAUGUUGACUUACCAUACUUGGCAAAGUCAACACACGGUUUCUCUGGUGCCGAUUUGACAGAAAUUUGUCAGCGUGCUUGUAAACUAGCCAUCAGGGAGAGUAUUGAAAAGGAUGUGCAACGAGAGCGGGAGCGUAAGGAAAAGCAAGAAGCUGGGGAAGAAGUUCCUAUGGACGAAGAUGAAGUAGAGUAUGAUCCGGUCCCAAAAAUUACGAGGGCUCAUUUUGAGGAAGCCAUGAAGUUUGCUCGUCGUUCUGUAUCAGACAAUGAUAUUCGUAAAUAUGAAAUGUUUGCUCAAAAUCUACAGCAGUCUCGUGGAUUUGGGCCAAAUUUCAAAUUUCCCGAAGGCGGUAUUGGAGGUUCAUCUGCAGAUGGACAAAGUGGGAGCGCCAUGGAAGUUUCUAAUUCUGGAUUUGGUCGGGAUACAGGCGAUGAUGAUCUAUAUUCUUAA